AUGAAGCGCGCAUCGAAUUAUGCGCUAAAGUGCGCGUCGAAUUCCGCGGCUAAUUGUACGUUGAAUUGCGCGUCGAAUUGCGUGUUUAGAGCUGCGCGAAGCGCGCUGUAUAAAGCGCGUACGGCAUUCAUUCCGACGCGGAAGCGCGUUUUGAAGCACGCAUCGAAUUGUGCAACAAAGCGCGCGUUGAAUCCCGCGGCUGAUUGUACGUUGAAUUGCAUGUCGAAUUGCGCGUUUAGAGCUAUGCGAAUCGCGCUGUAUGAAGCGUGUACGGCAUUCAUUCCGACGCGGAAGCGCGGAAUAAGCGGAAACUCAAUAGGAAGAGCAAAAAGCGCGAGCGUAUUUCAAGGAGAAUUACGAGAAUGA